AUGAGCCUACCGGCUCAACCCCAGUCGUUAGCACCUGCUCAAGUCUUCAUCUGCCGUCACGGAGCCCGUUUAGACGCUUCGGAUCCAGUAUGGCAUCUAACUUCUCCAACCCCGUACGAUCCUCCCCUCACUUAUGGCGGAUGGACUCAAGCUCGAACGUUGGGUAACCGAAUCGCCACCCACAUUCUCUCCCAAAUAUCGUCUGAGUACCCUGUAUCUGGUUCUCCAGCGCCAAAACCAGCCGAGAAAGGGAGUACAUGGAGUGCUGGGCCCAAGGAAACAAAGAAAGAAGCUCCUCCACCGACGAUACCGUUGAUUUCGCCGGCUGCUGCUUCGAAAUUAGGGAAUACGAAGGUUAUAAUACAUACUUCGCCGUUCUUGAGAUGUGUACAAACGUCGAUAGCCGUUACGGCGGGGAUGUCGCAGUAUUUUUCAGAUAUAAACAUUAAAACCGUUACUCCGGAUGGCAGUGGUAGCAGUACUGGUGCUAGUACAGGUGUUACAUCGAAACUAGUCGUUCACCCGAGACCUAUGCUUAGGGUUGACGGGUUCCUCAGCGAAUGGCUUUGCGAGGACUAUUUCACCGAUAUUACGCCGCCGCCAGCUACCGAUUUAAUGGUCGGAACCGCUAAAAUCGAUCUGAUGAGGCCGUCUAGUGCCACUGGACUUCGUAAAGACAAACCUAUCAUCAGCCAACCGUCUCAAACCCACAUCAGUCCUCCUCCUCACCAUUCUCACCACCGUGCCCACUCCGUCGGUUUCGUCCCGCCCGUCGCAACUUCGGCAAUUGGGAAGAAUGAACCCAUCCCACGAGGUCAUGUCUCGCAUGCUAAAGAAUUCAUUGAUAUCGACUACGCAUAUGAUAGUUUACGGUACGGCGAUGGCGGCGAAUAUGGCGAAGAAUGGGGUAGAAUGCAUAAACGUGUUAAAAUUGGGUUCGAGAAGAUAAUUAAGGACUAUGCGGACGGCGAGGUCAAGCCAUGCCUUAAAAGCAGUUCGACUACAAGUUUUGAACAGCUAGCUGCUGCUCAGAACGCGGACGCGAAGAGUGGAAAUGCUGGUAGUAAGUCAACAGAAUCGACUGAAGCAGCAGCAGCAGCAGCAGCAGCAGCGAAAGAUAUUCCGGGCUCUACGAUCAUGAUAUUCAUUUCCCAUGGCGCAAUUUGUAACGCUUUAAUCGGUGCUAUGACGCACAAACCCGUUUUGAUGGAUAUGGGAAUCGCUAGUAUGAGUAUGGGUGUCUUGAUCCCGUCUUCAACGACCGCGACUACUGCUACUACUACUACAUCCUCCGGAUCGCAAGUGACAGAUGCAGUACCCGUAUUCCAACUUCCAGGGUUCGGUGGUAUCUCCGCCGAAGAACCAAAUGACUCUGAAGACCCCCUCUCAUUUUCAACCUCAAGUUCAUUUACUCCAUACACCGCGCCACCACCCCAGGAUACCUCUUCCGCCUCAGGAAUCCCACAAUACGACGUCAAAAUCACCGCUUCAACAGACCAUCUCCGUACCCAAGCAGGUUCACAAGUAAAAUCCCCACCACAGGGACCAAAACCCGGUCCAUCAUCAUCAUCAACUCCGCCACUACGACCUCGAAAACCUAGUAUCGGUGGCUCCAGCUUUAGUAUGUAUAACACGGCAGGGAGGUUGCCGGCACCACUAAUUGGUCCCGCUGGGUCAAGUGCUGUAGAUUCUAGCGCUUCAGGGGGCGGCGUAGCAGCGGGGGGCAGUGCAACGGGACUUUUUACGGGAGGAAGAGCAAUGGGUAUGGUGUUUGGUGCGGGGAACGCGUCUGGAAGUGGUGGCGGCGGCCAUGCGAUCGGUGUUAGGAGAACGGCCAGCGCCGCUGCUGCCACGAGAGGAUUGUGGAGUUUACCACCCGCGGCGGAGAUGGAAAGGGGAAGUAGCGAUGAAGGGGCUGUGUUGACAGAUGAAGAAAGUGGGGAAGAGAAGAAAGCGGAUGAAGAGAUGGGAAAGAAGGAACCAAAAGGUGCUGAUGGAGCUGCUGGUGCUAGUGGAAGUGCUAGUGCUAGUGGGAGUGGCACUGGUCCAAAAGUGGAACGGAAGGGAAGUACGGCUAGUACAUCUAGUGGCGGGAUGAGGGUCGGCGGGAUGGGAGGAGGAGGAUCAUCAAAACCUGGAGGGGGGAAACCAGGGCUAUGGAGCUCUGGUGCAAAUGCAGAUAGAAGAAGACGGUGGACUCUCACCAAUCAAAAUGAUGAGGCGGGAGCAUAG